GGCACACACAGGUGCUUGAGUAGGAGGGAUCAGUUUGCAGGAGCAUCCAAAUUCACAGAAUUCUUCUUGUUGGUCUAUUUUUUUCUCCCCUUACUACCGUGUCCACUGUGUCGGAUACAGCGAGGUGUGUAGACAGAGGCAGCAAGGACAAUGUGGAAAGCGGCAGUGCUCGCGUUCCUGCUGCUUCACACGAACAUGCAGGCGAAUGGUGCCAUGGAUAAGAAGAGUGGGUCUGCGACAGGGAGGUCUGAGCCGGACAAUGAUGUGCAGACAGACGAGGCCAAAGCCAGUCACACUAUUCUUCCAAGUGAAGCCUCCUCUUCAGCCUUCUCAGGUAACCUGCUGGUGGUGCCCAUGGACGGCAGUCACUGGGUGACCAUCAAGGCCAUUGCCCAAGAACUGGGUCGCCGCGGACACCGGGUCACCGCCGUAAUACCAGAGGUCAACAUCCGGAUGGGUCCGGGGAAACACUACGACACCGUGACCUAUCCUGUUCCCUACAACCAGUCUUACGUCAAUAAUGUGCUGUCCGCAAACAAGGAAGUGCUGCAAAAAUCGACACAGCAUUUCACGGAGAAGAUCUGGAAGAAAAUCACACAAAUCCAGAGAAUUACAGGCUUCAUCCACACCACCGCAGAGAGUCUACUGUUCAAUGCCAGUCUCAUUUCUCAUCUGGCACAGCAGGGCUUCGACGCCGUGCUGACGGACCCCAUGGUGCCCACGGGCGCGCUGAUCGCUCGGAAACUGGGUCUCCCCACCGUGAACGUGCUGAGGGGAAUCCCAUGUUCCUUGGACAUCAAGUCGGCAGGAUGCCCCUCCCCGCCCUCAUACGUGCCCCGCUUUUUCAGCGGAUACACCGAUAAAAUGAACUUCGGGCAGAGAGUUGUCAACACUCUGGUCGCUGCGCUGGAGCCGCUGCUCUGCCGACUGCUGUACUGGCAUUUUGACCAAAUAGCCCAUCAGUUCCUGGGAGAGGAGGUGGGCGUGGCGGAAGUGCUGUCAGACUCCGAUAUCUGGCUGCUGAGGCUCGACUUCACUCUGGAGUUCCCACGCCCUCUCAUGCCAAAUAUGGUACUGGUUGGCGGCAUCAACUGCAAUGUGAGAAAUCCUCUGCCUGAGGAUUUGGAGUCCUGGGUGUCAGGAGAGCACGGGUUUGUGGUGUUUACUCUGGGCACCAUGGUGUCAGAUCUGCCCGAGGAGACCGCCUCCAUCUUCCUGGAGGCUUUCAGGCAGAUUCCACAGCAGGUGAUAUGGAGAUAUACUGGUCAGGUACCAGACAAUGUCCCAGGAAACGUGAAGACGAUGAAAUGGGUGCCUCAGAAUGACCUACUAGCACAUCCUGGAGCCCGGGCUUUCAUCACUCACGCCGGCUCACACGGUCUCUUCGAGGGACUGUGCCACGGCGUUCCCAUGGUGAUGCUGCCAUUAGGCGGGGACCAGCCGGACAACGCCAAGAGGCUGGCGUCCAGGGGCGCAGGAGUCGUGCUGGAUAUCCUCUCUAUCAGCACAGAAAGCCUCCUUCAGGGACUGAAUGAGGUCAUAAAUGACAUCAGGUAUAAAGAAAUCAUGCAGAAGCUGUCAGCUCUCCAUAAAGACCGGCCAACCGAGCCGCUUGACCUCGCCGUGUACUGGACGGAAUAUGUGAUGCGUCACAAAGGGGCCAAACAUCUCAAGUCUGCUGUCCACGACCUCAACUGGAUCCAGUACCACAGCCUGGACGUGAUUGCGCUGCUAGCUACUGUAGUUCUGGUUUUCGCAAUGCUGACGGCCAAAUGCAUGAAACUUUGCUGCCGGAAACUGAGCAAGAAGAGUAAACUGGACUAACGCAGCGCUACACUUGGGUCGCCGUCAUCUCAGCAACACUGUUUGUUAAGGGACAUUAACAAGAACAUCAUUGUGUUUGGAGCUUUAAAGGUGUGAGAGGGUGUCAGAAGAAAGGGCGACACUAUUUGGUGACCAAAAAGACAUUUAAUAAAGAAAAAAUACAUAUUAUUAUACUCCAUUAUGGUCUGGAUUUGAGCAUCAAACAAUGAGCAUUAGUGUUCGCCCUUCUUUGGGGGGAACAGGGCGUACUCUACAGCCAGGGCAACAGUAAAGGCAGCAAAGCCCCACUUGAAUCCUCUCAGCAGGACUUCUGAAAAGGUCACAGCACGAGAGAAGCCACCGGAGUACCUCCACGCCUCGUUACUGGAGAGAGAGAGGGGGGGUGGGGGGUGGAGUAGUGUCAGAAAUCAUACUGGAUAUAUUACGACGUCAGAGCUGCACCUAUAGACUGUAUACAAAAAUGGACGUCACUGGAUUCAGAAAGUGAAGCUGAUGCUGAAGUGCCCAAUACCUGUAUUCUCUCGAAUCAUCAGCAGAGGGCGACUCCACUUGGUUGCAAAAAUAAGUUUCUAUAAAAGUCUAUGAGAAAAUGA